GGUGUACUAGCAUCCGUCCGUCUGGCCGGGGAUUCGGAAAGAAAGUUAUCGUCCGGGUGCGCCAGUUCGUUAAUGUGUCCUCCGCCCACGUCACGAGGACAUCUAAUCCAGACCCUGGCCGACGCCUGGCAAUCGAAUCGUCUGUGAUCUCGAUCUACCUCGGGAUGGUUCCGUUCCGUCGCGGUUUCCGUCGCUAGUGCACGUCGCCCGCUGAAGUCAGUGAAGUUAACUUUAAUGUAAUAAAACACCCCGACAAACAGUUCAGCACUAAUUAGUCGCAGUUCGCACAGGAACAGGGAGCCGGGACGGUACACCAUACGUGCCGCGGAUACGGAGGGCGCCACAGAAACCCCGGUCCCGGCGAAGUGAUCUCUCUAGUGUUUCUACGGCUCCCACUCUCUAGCUAGCUCGCGGCACAGCCCGGUAAUCUCCGGUCACGGACAUCUGCUCGGCGCUCGCGAAUAUUAAAGCGGAAAACACUUCCGACAGGAUCGGGCUUUUCUUUCCCGUGCUUGGGCUUGUCCCUGUUCCUGCGGCCACAGUCGGGGCCACAGCCGGUGGUGGCGGCUGGUCGAGGGUCCCCGCUGUGACGUUAUAAUUUCCAGCUCCGCGCGCCUUGCCGUUCGAUCCGCUAAACCGUCGUAACCGAAAAGGUGCCGACUUCUCUCGCCACAUCCUGCCACCCGGGAGAGAGGUUAUUUAAAAUUCUGGCAAUGAUCUUUGGUGAUUUAGUAUGCUGCGUGCAUUCGGUGGUACUGCUUCAAUGCUGCAUCGCUGCGGUGGUGGCAAGCGGCGGGCGGCAGAUUGUCGCCGCCCCGCAGAUACGGCGGCCACCACCGCCCACCGCCGGGUCGUUCAACCGAAGUGGCAAAUACACCGACACGCUGCCAGGAGAGCUGAACGAGGAGUGCCGACUGUCACAGGAUUGCCGACAGCAUGCCUACGCAUGUGACGCUCGCAAACAAGUCUGCAGCUGUGCCGAAGGAUACCGUGCCGACGAUGCGGAGCGGAUGUGUCUGGGAGCCGUGGGACGCCGGUGCAUGUACGACAGUCACUGCGUCACGAAUGCUUAUUGCAAGGGACAAAUGAUCUGUACGUGCAAACGUGAAUACGGAUUCCCGGCCGACGAUAACUGGUCAUGCCAAGCGUCGUCCGCGAAAGCAUCCGCUCGGAUCGGCACGGCACUACUCGGAACCCAGCACUUGCUUCUUGCGCUUCCGGUGGCCAUCUUUUCGAUCCUGGCGCUCCGGGUUACGGCGGUCGCGUUUCGCAGCACCGACGACGGCGCAGUGCCGUAGCAAAUAAACUCAUUUAUUGGUACGAUUAAAUUAAAAACAGACCCUUUGUGGACGUGGAGUGUUCGAUGUUGUAAAUUCUGAUGCAGAUGAUGACGGCCGCGCUUUGCUGGCCGUUUGCCACCGUCGCCGCGGGCCACCGUUCGCUGUUCGACGACUACACUACGAGGUCCAGCCGUUAAUAAAACCAUCAGCACUGCCCCGACCUGGACCUGGUACCCUUCAUUCAUAUUUCAUGUUGCUGUUGCCACAACUGCAUGUUGUACACUGCCCGAGGAAAGGGAUUGCGAAAUCUUUUAAAAUAUGUUACCGUAGCAAUCGAAGUCCUGGCUGAUAGCUUCAGGCCGUCGACCGUCCGACGCCAGCCCGUUCGGCGAAGAAGCGCGAGCAACCGAAUCGGAAGAAGGUCUAGAAUAAAGGCAUCAGCUGUCGAUGUAAAAUCGAAAUAAGAUUAGUUUAUUCGUGAAGUGCAUUUUCAUCCCUGUAUCUCUCCAUUCCGGGCAGUGCUGAGGCCACACCGAGAACUGCCAAUUUCGAACUCAGAAGCAACUCCGAAGUCCACGACGCAGGGAGCCACGGAUGCCAAGUGGCGCCGGGUGAGCUACUCGAACAUCCUGGCAAGUAGGAAACCCACCGUAUAAGACAAAGA